UUGCAUCAGCUAGCUUGCCUGGCUCGAGCGUUUCUGGAGCAUCACAACAUUAUUCAGCCGCUUUGUUCUGACGUCGGGGAAGCGUCGCUGUUUCUUCCAUGAAGUGUGCAUGAAACCACGCAAUGUCCACCAUGGUGUAUCCGCGUGAAGAAACCCUGGAGCGCCUGACCCAAGAUGAGAUCGUCCUCAACACGAAGGCCGUCAUGCAGGGCCUGGAGACGCUGCGCGGCGAACACGCGCAGCUGCUCAACUCGCUGCUGGACUGCACCCAGCCGCCCAUCGCCCAGGAGAAAUCCGGCCUCCUCCGGAAGAACCUGGAGGACAUCGAGCUGGGCCUGGGAGAAGCGCAGGUCAUCAUCGCUCUGUCAAACCACCUGAGCGCCGUGGAGUCGGAGAAGCAGAAGCUGCGCGCCCAGGUGCGUCGGCUCUGCCAGGAGAACCAGUGGCUGCGGGACGAGCUGGCAGAGACGCAGCACAAGCUGCAGCGCAGCGAGCAGUGCGUGGCCCAGCUGGAGGAGGAGAAGAAGCACCUGGAGUUCAUGAAUCAGAUCAAGAAGAUUGAUGAUGACGUUUCCUUGUCGGAGGAGAAGAGCCAGAGCUCCGGGGGGAGCAAGGGAACGGGAGGAGGAGGAGGAGACUCUUCAAAGGACAGCCUGGAUGAUCUGUUCCCCAACGACGAUGACCAGGGAACAGCCCAGCCCAGUGGGGAGGCGGCAGCCCAGCAGGGGGGCUACGAGGUCCCGAAUCGUCUCAGGACGCUGCACAACCUGGUCAUCCAGUACGCCUCUCAGGGCAGGUACGAAGUGGCCGUGCCUCUGUGCAAGCAGGCCUUGGAGGAUCUGGAGAAGUCGUCCGGACACGACCACCCGGACGUUGCCACCAUGCUCAACAUCCUGGCCUUGGUGUAUAGGGACCAAAACAAAUACAAGGAAGCUACUCACCUUCUGAACGACGCCUUAGCCAUCAGAGAGAAAACACUGGGGAAGGACCACCCGGCGGUGGCUGCAACCCUCAACAACCUGGCUGUGCUGUUUGGCAAGAGGGGCAAGUACAAGGAGGCCGAGCCGCUCUGCAAGAGGGCCCUGGGCAUCAGAGAGAAGGUGCUGGGGAAGUCCCAUCCGGACGUAGCCAAGCAGCUGAACAACUUGGCCCUGCUGUGCCUGAACCAGGCCAAGUACGACGAGGUGGAGUACUACUACAAACGGGCCCUGGAGAUCUUCGAGUCCAAACUGGGAGCCGACGACCCCAGCGUGGCCAGGACCAAAAACAACCUGGCCACUUGCUACCUGAAGCAGGGCAAGUUCAAAGAUGCAGAAGUUCUGUACAAAGAGAUCCUGACCAGAGCACACGAGAAGGAGUUUGGAUCAGUCAACAAUGACAAUAAGCCCAUCUGGAUGCACGCAGAGGAGAGGGAAGAAAGCAAGAGCAAACAGAAGGACUCGGGGCCGUACGUGGAGUACGGGAGCUGGUACAAGGCCUGCAAGGUGGACAGUCCAACUGUGAACACAACCCUGAAGAGCUUGGGAGCGCUGUACCGUCGUCAAGGCAAACUGGAGGCAGCCGAAACGCUUGAGGAGUGUGCCAGCAAGACACGCAAACAGGGGAUCGACGCCAUUAACCAGAGUAAGGUGGUGGAGCUGCUGAAGGACGGACCGGGGAGAGGAGGGGACAGGCGGCACAGCAGGGACGGACCAGGGGGACGAGGAGACAACGAGGGCGACGAGUCCGCAGAGUGGAACGGGGUAACAUCCAUGUUAGAGUUUACAGUUUCAGACGGUAAUGGGUCUCUGCGUCGCAGCGGCUCCUUCGGAAAGAUCCGGGACGCUUUGAGGAGGAGCAGUGAGAUGCUGGUGAAGAAGCUGCAGGGCAGCGGACCUCAGGAACCCCGAAACCCUGGAAUGAAAAGAGCAAGUUCCCUGAACUUCCUGAACAAGAGCGCCGAGGAAACCACGCAGGACGCCAACUCCGGCCUCUCAGACAGCAGAGGACUCAGCGCCAGCAACGUGGACCUGACCAGACGCAGCUCCCUGAUUGGUUAGACACGGCGGAGAGGCGGGGACAGAACAGGAAGGGGCUGUUUACCUCGGUUUAAGCAGCAGCUUCUAUUGAUUUUAUUUUAAGGAACACUUAAAAAAAAAAAAAAACCAACAAAGAGACAUGACCACACUUGAUGUCAUCACUGCUGCUACCGCUGUACACACCGCCGCCAUCGACCAGAACACUGAAUAGCAUCGCGCACACACACUUAUGAGCAUGCUGCUGAACUAGAAAGUGGAAUGUCUGCACCUGAACGCCUCAUGUUUUCAACCAGUAGCUCUACGGUUCCUGCCCAGUCUCUCCUCUGCAGACACUCGACGUUUUGAAGGCGAUGUUGGUUUCCGUUCGACGAGACGCGUCUCAGUUUGUAUAUUCCACACGUAGCAUGACGUAACCACCGGCGACCGCGGUGCCAUCCAAACACAAUCAACCUUUUAGGGAAGCAUAAGCACUAACCAUUUCAACCUCAAACUGUUUGCCUUCGUGAAUUUUUUUUUAUGUGUAUGAACGCUUUUAAAUUAUUUGACUUUUCCUUGUGUUUAUAGCUCGAUUUGUUUUUGUUUACACUUUAUGGGGUUAAGGAGGGACUUAACUGGAAAAACACUGGGAGACUGGGAACAGAUGGAGAACAAUAUGUGGGGGAAAACGAAAGGAAAGUACAGAAAAUGUGACUUUUGCUUCAUCUUGUCAUCAAAUAUUAAAAACGCUCAUAAAUCCAUCAUCUGUUGCUGAAUUUAGCUGUCAGGGUUUCACUCUAAACUGGAGAUAAACACUUGAAUGAACUCAAUGAAGUGAAAGUCUUAGUGGCCAGAUUCAGGGCAGAAAAUCCUUCAUUACUUUGUGGUUUAUUUACGGAGGAAAUCAAAUGGAAAAGAAAAUGUAGUCGAAUAUUUUAGAAAAGAAAUUAAAAAAUCUUCUGCUAAUACCAAACAGCUUUUAUUCUGAAGGAAAACGACCCUUUAACACCUGGCGGAGCUAAUCAGGAGGGGCCUCAGGUCAGAGUGAGUUGGAGGUAACAAUCACUGGAGGGGGAGAUCCAAGGUAAUCUUUAAACAUUCAUAUACGAUUUGUUUAAAAAGCUGCUGUGUGUUUACUGUAAAUAGUUCGGUUUUCAGAAACAUUGCUGUCAACCUGGUGAAGAUGUGAAAAAAACUGCAAAAUGAAUUUUCCUCUUACUUACUGUCCUCUUACUUAGGGAUUAUUGACUUAAAACAAACCCUCGUUUCUAUGACUACAACUGAAAAGUUACUUGAAAGUUAGUUUUCUCUUAAUUCACAUGUACUGAUAUAUUUUCAAAAGAGACUAGACCAAAAAUACUUUGGUGGUUUUUGCAGUGAAAGUGUCAGUUCAUGGUGCUGCGUAGUCAGACCAGCUGCCCACAGACGUUGCAGUAGGAAAACAAGCCCACAGCAUGACUCAUAUUCCACCUUACUUUACCAGGGAGCAUGAAGUGCUUGUUUUACUUUGUCACGUUUUGUUUUAGACAAACAUUUGUUAAAAUCCGCAUAUUUACAUUUGUAAGAGUAGGACAGAAAAUGCCCUUUUCCAGGCUUUUGUCUAACUGUUGCCAUGGAGACGAGGCACCAAUCUUUAAUGCUGUUCCCCAAGAGUUUUACAAAUAUAUAUUUUACCUUCCUCCGUUUACUGGCAAGAUGAUCUUAUUCAGUCUAAUCGACUUCUGUGCCACGCCAUAUUAAUACCCCCUGGAAACAGGAAGUUAUUAAUCACUAAUUCAUAGUUCCACAUUUUACAGCAACCUAAAAUUAGAAAAUGUAUGUAAAGUAGUUCCUCAUUUUGCUAUAAUUUCUUCUACUGGUUAUUCCUGUUUGUGUGAGAUUACUCUGCUGCAGUAAAAGAAAUGAAUUUGAAGGGUUUUUUUAGCAUCUUUAUCAGGGAUGGAAAUAAAAUGUCACUGUUUUAAAAAUGAUUUAUGUAUAAUUUUGCACCAAGCAACCCUAAGUGGUAUGUUUUCAACCCUUAUGUGUCCGACAGUCAAUGAGCCAUCAUCUGUAAAUUUACUUUAGACUGUUUUAUUUCUUUCUUUUUUUUUAAAUGUUGCUACUGUGAGCUUUUAUUUUGAAAGUACACACUACUGGUUAACUGAAUGUUGCUUUUCAUGACUUUCACUGGAUUGUUGUGCUAAACUGGAACAAAAAAAAAAAAAAAAGACAAAACAAUCCACCAAA